CAGCUAUGGUACGGUGUGCUUUACGAAAGCGUGAAUGAAAGUUGUUCAUUUAACGGUGCUAAAGUUUAUUUCUGACACCGAGAACAUGGCGUCACGGAGUUACGGAGCCUGUUUUCUUUGUCAACGAGCGGCGGUGGCGAACAUAAUGUUCAGGAGUGUGAGUUCAGCAGCUCUUCCUCAGCCUAAGGUUGAUUUCUUGAAAGGAGAGCUUCACAGGAAGCAUCCAGGUGUGACCAACCUGAAAACUGUCCGGCUACCCGAACAGCUCCAGCUGGCUGCACAGUCCAUUAUUCACAGAGUUCGGGUGCCUCAGCUUGCAGAACGUUCUCUAAAGCUCACAAACUUCCUGUGGAGCCGGAAGAGAGCGGUGGAGGAUUUGAUGCUGAGGCAGAAAGCUGUGAGCAUGGAGAAGGAACUGUGGGAGAAAGCCGUGCAGGACAUCGGAGGAGAUGUCGAUGAGCAACCUGGGGAUCGCAUCAAGAAGAAGGUUUUGUCGGAGCUCAGAAGAACGACGCAUCGCUGGACGCCCCUAAAGUACGAUGAAGAGCUGAGCAUGGUGUACCUGGUGGCUCGGCUGGCUGGAGGCUAUGCUGCAGUGAGGAGAGCUCUAAAUGAGAUAAAGAAGCGAGAUCCUUCAUUUGCUCCUCAAACACUUCUUGAUUUUGGUUCUGGCUUAGGAACUGUUGCCUGGGCGUCUCACUCAUGUUGGGGCGACUCUUUGAGGGAGAUGGUGUGUGUGGACAGCUCUGCAGCGAUGAACGUUUUGGCCGAACAACUUCUCAAAGGAGACGAUGAAAGAGCUCAGCCGCACAUCAAACAUGUUUAUUUCAGACAAUUUCUUCCUGUCUCCUAAGGUCAGUUCUCUCUGCAGGUCCAGUUCGAUUUGGUGGUGGCAGCUUUUACCCUGUCAGAGCUUCCCAACGUGAACGACCGGGCGGACGCUGUGGCGACUCUCUGGAGGAAAACAAACUCCUAUCUGGUGCUGGUGGAAAAUGGUACCAAAGAGGGCCAUCAGAUGAUGAUGGAGGCCAGAGACAUUUUGUUAAAGGAACAGGAAAAAGUCGUUCAUGACCCCAGACCAGCAUCAGUGUUUGCACCGUGCCCUCAUGAAAUGAUGUGUCCCAAACUGGGCCAGGAACCCGUCACGCCUUGCAACUUCCACCAGCGCUACCAUCCUCUUCCUCUGUCAGGGAGACUUGAGUGUCAGACAGAGAAGUUCAGCUACCUGAUCCUGAGUCGAACAGAACCGGCAGAGCCGACACCAGAAGGUCUGGACUGGGGCCGGCUGAUCGCGCCGGUUCUGUGCAGAACGCGGCACGUCCACUGCCACGUGUGCAGCUCCGACGGACGGCUGCAGCACAUGGUGGUGACGGCACGGAAACACGGCCGAGACAUGUACCGCUGCGCGCGGAACAGCGAAUGGGGAGAUCAGCUUCCGAUCGUUGAGACGAAGGUCCACAGCGACUCGGAUUCUGAUGAAAACCUGGACAUUUAGGACUUCCUGAGUCCUGGAAACAAAAACAUCACUUUGGACUUCAAUCUACUUUCUUCUCUGUGUUUUGUAAAUCACAAUAGUUAUUACACAUUUACAUAUUUUUAUUUGGUGCCAUUGUCAGUAACUCAUUGAUUAUUCUGCUUUUAGUCUGAUUUGCCUCCAAUUAAAGUUUCUUUUUAAAGAUGUCAAAAUAAAACUAACUUACUUACAACCUUCA